CGGCGCUGGCAGACGCGCGCGCCUUGCGCCCAAUGAGCGGUGACAGCUCGAAUGGCUCCUCUACCUUGUUGGCUGUGGGCGGAGCGGCCUGGAGGAGGAGGCGGUGGAGCAGGGGGCGGCUUGGUUGCGCGGUACUAGCGGUGCCCGCCGUAGGGGGAGGAGGCGGAGGAGCCAGCCGUGCGGCCAGAGCGGGAAAGAGACUCGUCUUCGCGUCCGAGUUGUGGAGCCGCAGCACCCCGGCUCCUGGGGCUGCAGCAAGGGCUGUGCGGGGACGGGCGUCCGCUGUCUCCCGGGUUCCCCUCAGAGCGACCCGCGGGAUCGGAAAAAGGGAGAAGAUGGAGGAGGGCGGCAGCAGCGGCGCUGCCGCGGGCACCAGCGGGGACGGCAGCGACAGCGGCGAGCAGCUCCUAACUGUCAAGCACGAGCUGCGGACCGCUAAUUUAACAGGACAUGCAGAGAAGGUUGGAAUUGAAAAUUUUGAGCUCCUGAAGGUUCUAGGAACUGGAGCUUAUGGAAAAGUAUUUCUAGUGCGUAAAAUAAGCGGCCACGAUGCUGGAAAGCUGUAUGCCAUGAAAGUUUUGAAAAAGGCAACCAUCGUUCAGAAGGCCAAAACCACAGAGCACACGAGGACAGAGCGGCAAGUCCUGGAGCACAUCAGGCAGUCGCCAUUCUUGGUGACUCUGCACUAUGCUUUCCAGACAGAAACCAAGCUUCAUCUCAUUUUAGAUUAUAUAAAUGGUGGAGAACUUUUUACUCAUCUUUCUCAAAGAGAGCGUUUCACAGAGCAUGAGGUGCAGAUCUAUGUUGGAGAGAUUGUACUUGCCCUCGAACAUCUGCAUAAGUUGGGGAUUAUAUACCGUGACAUUAAGCUUGAGAAUAUUCUACUUGAUUCUAAUGGCCAUGUGGUGCUGACAGAUUUUGGUCUGAGUAAGGAGUUUGUGGCUGAUGAAACUGAAAGAGCAUAUUCCUUUUGUGGAACUAUUGAAUACAUGGCACCAGAUAUUGUCAGAGGGGGCGAUUCCGGACACGACAAGGCAGUUGACUGGUGGAGUUUGGGUGUUCUAAUGUAUGAAUUACUAACUGGAGCAUCUCCUUUCACUGUGGAUGGAGAAAAAAAUUCCCAGGCUGAAAUAUCUAGGAGGAUAUUGAAAAGUGAGCCUCCGUAUCCACAGGAGAUGAGCGCGUUAGCUAAAGACCUGAUUCAGCGUCUUUUAACGAAAGAUCCCAAGAAGAGAUUGGGAUGUGGUCCUCGGGAUGCAGAUGAAAUCAAGGAACAUCUCUUCUUUCAGAAAAUCAACUGGGAUGACUUAGCUGCCAAAAAAGUGCCCGCACCAUUUAAGCCAGUCAUCCGAGAUGAAUUAGAUGUGAGUAACUUUGCUGAAGAGUUCACAGAAAUGGACCCAACCUAUUCCCCGGCAGCCCUGCCCCAGAGCUCCGAGCGGCUGUUCCAGGGCUAUUCCUUUGUCGCUCCUUCUAUCCUGUUCAAGCGCAAUGCAGCUGUCAUAGAUCCUCUUCAGUUUCACCUGGGAGUCGAGCGUCCUGGCAUGGCGAAUGUCGCCAGGAGUGCCAUGGUGAAGGACUCUCCAUUCUAUCAACACUAUGACCUAGAUCUGAAAGACAAACCAUUGGGAGAAGGAAGUUUUUCCAUUUGUAGAAAGUGCGUGCACAAAAAAAGUAACCAAGCAUUUGCAGUCAAAAUAAUCAGCAAAAGAAUGGAAGCCAACACUCAGAAAGAAAUAACCGCUCUGAAGCUCUGUGAAGGACACCCCAAUAUUGUGAAGCUGCAUGAGGUUUUUCAUGAUCAGCUUCAUACUUUUCUGGUGAUGGAACUUCUGAAUGGGGGAGAACUGUUUGAACGCAUAAAGAAGAAGAAGCACUUUAGUGAGACGGAAGCCAGCUACAUCAUGCGGAAGCUCGUGUCGGCUGUCAGCCACAUGCACGACGUCGGGGUGGUGCACCGGGAUCUGAAGCCGGAGAAUUUAUUGUUCACUGAUGAAAAUGAUAAUUUGGAAAUUAAAGUUAUCGAUUUCGGGUUUGCUCGCCUCAAGCCGCCUGACAAUCAGCCCCUGAAGACCCCGUGCUUCACCCUUCAUUACGCAGCCCCAGAGCUCUUGAAUCACAAUGGCUACGAUGAGUCCUGUGACCUGUGGAGCUUGGGUGUCAUCUUGUAUACAAUGUUGUCAGGGCAGGUUCCAUUCCAGUCUCAUGACAGAAGUUUGACGUGCACCAGCGCAGUCGAAAUCAUGAAGAAAAUUAAAAAGGGAGAUUUCUCCUUUGAAGGAGAAGCCUGGAAGAAUGUAUCCCAAGAGGCUAAAGAUUUGAUCCAAGGACUUCUCACUGUUGAUCCAAAUAAAAGACUUAAAAUGUCUGGCUUGAGAUACAAUGAAUGGCUUCAAGAUGGCAGUCAGCUGUCCUCGAAUCCUCUGAUGACUCCAGACAUUCUGGGAUCUUCGGGAGCUGCCGUGCACACCUGUGUGAAAGCAACCUUCCAUGCCUUUAACAAAUACAAGAGAGAAGGAUUUUGCCUUCAGAAUGUCGAUAAGGCCCCAUUGGCUAAGAGAAGGAAAAUGAAAAAGACCAGCACCAGUACAGAGACCCGCAGCAGCUCCAGCGAGAGCUGCCAUUCUUCCUCCUCCCAUUCCCAUGGCAAAACCACGCCCACCAAGACCCUGCAGCCCAGCAACCCUGCUGAUAGCACUAACCCAGAGAGCCUCUUCCAGUUCUCGGACUGAGAGACCGACAUGUGCAUGGUAGGAAUGUCCUCCGUGACCGUGGCACCUUGCUCUCCCUCAGCAUGAUCCUGAGGUGGUGGUCUGUGCUUUAAAGAAUGUGUUCCGUUGGUCUCAUUGGGAUCUGCUCCUAGUGAAUUUUUUCAGGAAAACUGUUUGGUUAUCCUUGAACAAGAGCACUGAACAGGGAAUGUCACUGUGAAUGGAGCAUUUGUGAUACCCUUAACAACCUAGCAUGAUACCAACAGGAUGAUUCUUGAAAGGGCAAAGGUUUCUGUACAUUUACUAGGUCCUUGUUAGAUGACGCUGCCUACAAUGUCAGUCACAGGUUCUCCAAUGUCUGCCAACAAGACUUGACGCCUUUCACUAGGCCUCAUGGACAAGGUGGGUUUUUAAGAGAUUUGUACCCUUUGGAUAGUGAUUUAGCAGAGCAAGAGGUCUGUUUUCAGAAAAAGAUUCUGUAAUGAAUUUUGUGUGUGGCAUAUACUUAUUUCUUGAGAGAGAAUUUUAACUUAUUGUUUUUAUUUUAUGGUUAUAUAUGAUA